AUUGAACACAUCAAUGGCGAUGGGAAAGACCGGCGAUGUAACCCUGUAACAAACUAGUAUCUUAGAUACCGUCUCUGCAUUGUAACGUAUUGUAGCACUUGCAGUCAAUACGAAGAAUACAUGCAGCUACACAUUUGGUUGCUUUCGAUAAUGGCAAUUGUGUUAUAAUGUAUAUAUUUUGAGCGAAGGAACACACGAAUUAUGGUUUAGUCAGUAAUGUAUUGUGUGUGCGUGAAUGUGUAUGAUCACGUGUUUAAUGCGACCGCCUUCAAGACUGGUACAAACUCGUAUCUAUCCACGGACGACAACCUUAUUGAAAUUCACAAGUCACUGCAGCAGUUUUGCUUUGACUGACAGAGCGAGACAGCAUUCCACUUGAAACCUCUUGUGGACAAAGAUAUUAUCGUGCUAUGGGUAGUUUCUGUCUCCUAAGAAGUCUGUGUCUCCCCCGCCAGGUCGGCCUACCAUUGGUCAUGCAUAGGCAAUACAGCCUCGAUAUUUCCGCUCAGCUUCUCCGAACGCAGGGCUAUGUGAACGGGCAAUGGAUCAAUGCUCCCUCUACCUUCCCAGUGCUGGACCCAGCGACGGGGGAAGAGAUUGCGAAAGUCGCCGACUGCGGUCCAGCAGAAGCUAAACUAGCUGUCGACGCAGCCUACAAGGCAUUCUACUCCUGGAAGCAACACACCGCGAAGGAAAGAAGUGUCCUUCUACGGAAAUGGUACGAUCUGUUGACGUUGAACAAGGAGGACCUUGCUAAGCUGAUCACCUUUGAGUGUGGCAAGCCCAUGAAGGAGUCUCUGGGGGAGAUUGCUUACGCUGCUGGCUUCCUGGAAUGGUUCUCUGAGGAGGCACGCCGUGUCUACGGGGAUGUUGUGCCCUCGGCUGCCAAGGACCGUAGGAUCCUUCUGCUCAAACAACCUGUGGGUGUGGCCUCAAUCAUCACUCCGUGGAACUUCCCCAGUGCUAUGAUCACCAGGAAAGUGGGUGCUGCCCUGGCUGCGGGCUGCACCGUCGUGGUGAAACCUGCCGAGGACACACCCCUCUCUGCCCUGGCGCUCGCUGAGCUGGCGAGUCAGGCCGGGAUCCCAGCGGGGGUGUUUAACGUGGUUCCUUGCUCCAGAGAGAAGACCCCCUCUGUUGGGACGGUCCUCUGCACAGACCCCCUGGUGGGGAAGGUCUCCUUCACUGGAUCCACUGCCACUGGCAAGAUUCUCUUGAAGCUCGCCGCCGACACCGUCAAGAGGGUUUCAAUGGAGCUGGGUGGCCAUGCCCCCUUCAUUGUGUUUGACAGUGCGGAUGUGGACAAGGCUGUGGCGGGAGCCAUGAACUCCAAGUUCAGGAACUCGGGACAGACAUGUGUCUGCUCCAACCGCUUCCUGGUCCAGAGUAGGAUCCACGAUUGCUUCAUAGAGAAGUUGGGGAAGGCCAUGGAUGCAGAGCUCCGUCUGGGCCACGGCUCUGACCCAAACACCACCCAGGGACCCCUCAUCAAUGUCCGUGCCUCUGAGAAGGUGGAGCACCAGGUAAUGGAUGCAGUGUCGCAGGGGGCCAAGGUGCUAAGGGGGGGGAAGCGCCUGGACGGCUCGUUCCAUCAGCCCACUCUGCUGGCUGAUGUCACCACAGACAUGCUAUGUACCAGAGAGGAAACCUUCGGUCCACUCCUGCCUGUCAUCAGGUUUAGCACAGAGGAGGAAGCACUUGCCAUUGCCAAUGCAUCUCAUGUGGGUUUAGCAGGGUACUUCUUCUCCCAGGACGUCAGUCAGAUCUGGCGGGUGGCGGAGAAUCUGGAGGUAGGCAUGGUGGGGGUGAACGAGGGUCUCCUCUCCACCCCAGAGGCCUCCUUCGGCGGGGUCAAGCAAUCAGGCCUGGGCCGUGAGGGCUCCAAGUAUGGCAUCGAGGAGUACCUGGACGUCAAGUACAUGUGCUUUGGAGGGCUAACCCCUGAGGGAACACUACGCCCCCUAACUCCUGGACUUCCCCAAGUAGGAAGUGGUGAAUUUGGUCAAAGGGAGGAUUCUUAGGCUCUAGUAACAGUUACUUACUCAUAUUUAACAUAAAAAAACAACAACAAUGGAUGACAAUCAUCAAAUAUGAUUCCUUCACAAAUUAUUGUGAUUCUGAUCCUCAUCCUCAUUGAGAGCCUUCAUCACUGCCGAGAAAUCCAUGUUCCAUGCUCUACAUGGUUUCCUCUCCUUAUCCUCUCUGACCACUGGCCUAUAAGAACUGGUGAAGGGAAAGCAAUAUGGUGACAACCCAAACCAGUUAUCCAUGUUAGUUAAAGACCUAGUGCAGUCUAAAACAUGCAUUUCCUAUUUUUUAUAUAUUUCCACAUUAAGGUUGAAUCAGUUUUGUGAAAAAGGUGAUCAUGCCCUUUUUUAGUUUAAGAGCUGUUUGGAAAGACCGCCUGAAGUUAUUGCCUGCCUGGUGAUAUCACCAGAUGGUAAAUUGGUUAAAAGACCAAUAAGAAAGAGUUCCAAACCUCUCUGCCAAUAACCACUCAUUUUCACUUUCCCCCUCCUCACUCAGGCCAUUCCUAGCCAAUCUUAGCAAAAUUCUUGUAUGAGAAAUUGCUCUUUGCUAAGAAGCUAUUUUUGUUCCUUUUGUUUUCAAUUAAAAUGUUUUAAAUCACAGUAAGGUACUUGUUAACCAGAUAUUAUUUGAUGUUGAGAUAAAAACGUCUGCAUUGGAACUUUUUAAGGGUAGCCCCUUAAAAAAGAGGAUCGGAAGCCACAAUCGUAUUUGGACAUAACCCAAUAGACGUCUCCAACCUGUGGGAUCCCAUAACGAUUUGGAUCUUUAGGGCUGAAUCAUAUGGUGAGAUACAAAUGAACAAACGUGUGUUCUCAAUGUAGGAUUGGGCCCUUAAUGAGAAGCACUAUAUAACUUGAACUUGAAGCCUAGCAUAGAGUUGUGUAGAUUUAAUAAGCACAUCAAUUGCAAAUACAGAGAUUAUUGAUUAUUGAAAUUAUGAAUGACACUAUUUUGUUAACCAUUGAGGAAUAGCCUUGUUGGGCUAAGCAGUUAGAAUGAAAUGUACUGUGUAACAUCGUCUGUAAAUAGUUAACUGUCCUAACUACUAAAAACUAUUGUAGACCAUGCCACUACAUUAGUACAGGUUAUAUUGUCGUUGGUAACUAGUCUUCCCACAUACAAUAUAUUAUCCAGUAGAGCUGCCUUUGAUAUUCAGACAGUUUGUACCACCUAUGUUCUGUAUCUGAACCUGCAAUGUAAAUGUUGUAGUGUUCUCUGAAACUGAAGUAAUGUCUCUUGCCAAACAUUGUCAAACAAGUGCCGUUUGAAUAAUUUUACCAAUUCUGUUUUCUGGUUGUGACACUCAUUGUAAAAAAAUAUUUCUAACUAUUGUAAAUAUUAAUGGAGUACUUCAGAAAAUGUAAAAUAAAUGACUGUGUUACUUU